UGAGUGCACUGAGGAGUGAAAAGGGCGUGGUAUGACUGGUAUGACGUGAUUCCGGGUCGCUGACGAAGUUCCCCUGUCCCGGUGCUCAAAGAUGGCUCAAAGAGAAAAACAAACAAUGGCGGAAGAGGUUGCGUCGCCUGAGACGUCGGUUUGCGGUUUCCUCGCUUUCAUUAAUGAAGAGUGCUCAAGAGGUGUCUUGCCUGGAAGCCAGUUACCCAUCAUGCUCAUCAUGCCCACUGAGCACUUCGAUGGACAAGCUAUCCAAGGGAACACCACGUGCCCAGUGAUCGCCGGAGAGGACAUAUUCGGGUGCUGCUUCUGCAGCUUCACCACAAGCGACCCACGUAAACUGGUCGAACACCUGACGGACCUUGCGUGCAGACUGUUUGAGGGGUUUGAGUGCCAUCCCUGCUCCAGGACCUUUCCCGACAGGUGGGCCUUCACGCGCCACCAGAGGAUGCACACAGAAGGAGGUCCUUUCAAGUGUCCGCUUUGUCCCAUAGAGUUUCGCUCCAGCCGUGACCUGACAAUCCACAUGGCAAAGCAUGCUGGUGAAAAACCCCACAAGUGCAUGGUUUGUCUGAAGGUGUUCGCUCGAAACUCAGACCUUGCAGACCACCUGCAGAGGCAUGCAGAGGCAAAGCCUUACGAGUGCCCGCACUGUCCAAAGGCCUUCAAGAACAACUCUGGUCUGCGCCAGCACCAACGAACUCACACGAAGGAAAGGCCUUACAAGUGUGACCAGUGCCCAGUGUCAGCAGCCACGCAGUACCAUCUCAGUGUUCACAUCCGAACCCACACUGGUGAGAAACCCUACAAGUGCACAAUUUGUCCAAAGGCAUUCGCUCGGAACGCAGACCUUGUGAUCCACCAGCAGGGGCACACAGAUGCAAAGCCUUACGAGUGCGUGCACUGCCCAAAGGCCUUCAAGAACCACUAUAGCCUGCGGCAGCACCUACGAACUCACACGGGAGAAAGGCCUUACAAGUGCGAUCAGUGCCCUGUGUCAACAACCACGCUGUACCAUCUCAUUGUUCACAUGCGUACCCACACUGGUGAAAAACCACACAAGUGCACGGUCUGUUCGAAAGCAUUCGCCAAAAAGUCGGGCCUCAACAUCCACUUGCGGAUACACUCGGAUGAAAAACCAUACAAGUGCCUGCACUGCCCCAAGGCCUUCAAGGACCACUGUACCUUGCGUGACCACCUACGUAUUCACACGGGAGAAAGGCCUUACAGGUGUGACCGGUGCCCUAGCUCGUUUGCUGCACGAAGCUCGCUGGUAACCCACAUCCGUACGCACACUGGCGAAAAACCCUACAAGUGCACAAUCUGUCCAAAGGCAUUCACUCAAAACUCGGGGCUCAAGUCCCACUUGCGGUUUGCACACAAGAUUAAAAGCCUUUCAAGUGCUGCACUGUUCCAGGGCCUUCAGGCACCACAAUAGCCUGCACAAACACUACAAACUCACACGAGAUAAAAGCCAAGCAUGUAAGUAAAAUAGUGUUCCAAGGCUUGCAGUUUGAGGAAUCGUCUUGCAAGACGUGAUUAGACGUGCGUGGGACGCCAUGCUGCUUCCAGCGGUCCCAGUUGGACGGAGCAUCCAGUUCAGAAGGACUGAAGGUGUGCAUCCUUUUAAAUCCAAUUGUUCUUUAGCACCGUUUAAUCUGGGGCAAUGAAACGAUACCCGAGCACUUUUUAAAUUAAUUAUAUUACGCUGGAGGAUGAUGACGUAGCUCCCUUUUGUGUCCAAAGACUAUAACAAAGCAGAGGGAACAUAUAAACAAAAAGGGCGAUGCAAUACCUACCCCGCGGCGUUCCUUCAUUGCUCAUUUGGCAACGAGGGUAAAGCGGAUGGCCCAGCUUCUACAUAAACAUUCUGAAUUCUGGGAAGAAAAUAAUUUAUAAAUUUGGCUAUUUUAUGUUAUAGAGCGGUUACCAAUAUUUACACCAUAUAAAAGCAAAGAUAUACAUGGUAUUCCAAGGUAAACAUAAGCAAGUAAUGGUGGAACUUUCUGUGGCCGAGAUAACUUCCGGUUGACAAGCUUCUUUGUAUGUUUCAAUGAACACGAAUGAGCAGCACGUCUCCUAAGUUUUUCUCGGCGGAAAAUCGGAAAAGGUAUGUCGAAAACCAAACGUAAGAUAGUUUGGUGUGUGUUUCUGGACCAUACGGCAGCCAAAAAAAAGCACCGUAUCUCGUUUUAUUUGGCGUCCGUGGCGAAAGUUACUUGGCUCUUCCCACUGAUGUCAAUGACAAUUGUCAUUGAGAUCAGUGGCUCUGCUUGAGGACCCAGUGGAAACUUGUGUACAUGCAAAACAUUCAACGAAGUUAGGUGCCCACAAAUCAACUGAGGCAUGUAUGUUCCUUGUUCUUCGUGCACAGAGGAGCGUGUGUGGGAACAGCAUCGCUUCAUACACUACUCAGUGUCGCCAUGAGUGUUCGACCUGUCAGACGUAGUUGAAGGAGGCCGUGAAUGAUUGUGCCACUCGUGUUCGAUCGUGCCCGGGAAAAAGCGGGCGGUGUGUUUUCGACGACAAGCGAAGAUAUCGUGAUUGUGACAGCGUCGACCUACCACAGCGAUACCGUGAAUGAUAUUCACGUGGAUACAGGUGCAGACGCGGACGUCGAAAGGCAAUUUUAGAUUGUAGAACCAAGGCGAUAUGGUAAGAAAACUAGUUUCGCGUCCGACUUGUUACGAUCACGCGACGGUCCUGGGGACAUAUUUCAUUUGCUUCAAGUGCCCUGUUUGGGCAGACGCACACAAGCACUUUGUGUUUCACGACGUGGGUGAGUAAUAAAAUAGGAUGGUACCCAUUCUGUUUCACGUCUUGCUUUAAUUGUGUAGCGAGCAGACGCUUUAUUGUAUGCUGAAAAGAAAAGUGGCUCUCGAAGUUUCAGAAAUUGACGUGUUUGAAAUUAAAAAUAAAAUGAACCCCAGGUUCAGUUCUUGCUAAAAGAUCCCUUCCAUUCUGAAGCCUUCAGCUGACACAAACUCUCAAAGUUUGUUUUAUUUUUAAGUUUGUCCAUGGGUGGUGGUUG